AUGGCUUCGCGAUGCCUCGAUAUACCGCCUGACCUGCCCAUCGAGGCCACAAAAACGCACGACGAUGGUACAUUAGAAGUGCAGUGGAAACAUGAUUUUCUCGAACGCGGCUCCAUGCAUCACUCAGUCUAUCGACAGGAACAGUUGAGAUACUUGGCUUUGCAUCCAGCUUUGACCAAAGUGAGUAACACAUCGACAGUCGCUCGCGGUCCUCGCACCCUGUGGGACCGUCGCAAGAUCACGCGCGCUGCGAGUGCGUUUGAGUACUCUGAGUUACUCCUGAGAGGUCAAAGCUUUUACAACGCGAUACGUGCUUUCUAUCUCCACGGAAUUGUGCAAGUGCGAAAUUGCCCUGAAUCUGAGGAAGGGCUCCUAGCUCUCACCAGCCUGUUUGGUCCCUGCUGGGAAGGCAAGCUCUUCGAGGGCGACUUCAGCCACGUCAACGGGAGCGGAAUGGAUGGGAAGCAGGCCAUUCGUCUACAUACGCUACAUGCACGUCACCAGCAUCCACCGAGAAUCAAGGUUCUCCAUUGCCUAGGCAACGACUGCGGAGGAGGAGAGUACGUCUUCAGCGACGGGACAAAAUCGGCAACGGAGCUGGCCAUCAGUGAGCGUCACCUUUACUGGGACAUGACGCAAGGAGAAAAAUAA